GACGCUCCGCAGUAAUGACCUCCUGUAUGCUCUCAAUGACUUCCUUUCUUUGGCCUACGAAUAGUCGCAUUCGGGGAGUUGACGCCGCCACAAGUCCUUGUAACAUUACGAGGGGCUCAACGUUGGGGGCACAACAAAUGCCCCCAACAAUCCAUGCCCGCUACUGUGGCCGAUCUUUCUAGGCACCUUGCUCCCAAUCUGCGCCUUGUUUGCCAGCGCGUGCGAACUUUUGCACGACCAUCACGGCAACAUCACUCUUAACUGACCAUUUUGAACCAUUCUCACAUUGGUGGUAGGUCUAUCUAACCGCUUGUGUUUAGAUGGGUCCGACCUGAUCUUAUUGUAUUAUGCGCGGCAUGUCUUACCAUCGCAAUACUUGUAGGAAAUUGUUGCCCUAUUCGCUUAUCGACUCCCUGAGCUCCUGGCAACAGCCAAUAAGGUGGGCGACAAUACACCCGACCGAGAUACCUUCGAGCCAAUGUCAAAUUCGAGCUCAAUCGAGACCUUGUGAGAACCUGGUUUUCUGGAAACCUCAUCUAUUGUCACUGUCUGAAUGGGAUCAAGCGACUACGACGCUUAGCGCUACAAAAAACAAGGAACUAUGGUACCCCCUAAAUUCUCCCCGCUGGACGCAUUUGUCCUGCAGAGCCGCAUCCUCGCGAAACAGUUGCAAGAGAGUACUAAAGAGGGCAAUAGAUUCAGCAGGCUACCGCCGUUGACGGUAGAGAGUCCCCUGAUCGUCCAGGGCCGGUCGAAUUACUUCUGUUCCAUGUCUCAAGACUCGGGGUCAGAACCAUGUGAUUCACUUGAAUGGAAUCCCGCCGGCCUGGGUCUGAGAACUGAGGUCGAACAUGCUUUUUCAGAAGAACGGCCCAAAUCGAUGGUCUCGCGUACGAGUCGAAUCCCUCCUACCCCCGAUGGACCAGCCCCUGCUAUGCCACAGCUAGCGCGAGACUUGCCUCGAGAAUCACAGCUCAAUCAGAUCGAGGAGGACCGCGAUUCUUUCGGCGCACGAAG